CAACAAUUUGUACAUGACAACAUGUGGAUCGCUGUCGUCGUAAUUUCCUUGGCUUUAGUGGCCAUUAUCUUUAAACAUAUGUUGGGAAAUUCUGGACCGAGUCCUUUUGCUAUCGACACGCGCGAGCCGCCGAAGCCCAUAGUGUUUGACCGAAAGCUGAAGAAUAAAAUCCUGAAACAAGGUUUUCUGGCCAGUAAGGUCCCUCAGGACUUGGAUGCAAUAGUGGUUGGCAGUGGGAUUGGUGGAUUGGCAAUUGCUGUCCUGUUGGCUAAAGUGGGUAAGAAGGUUCUGGUUCUGGAGCAACAUGACCGGGCUGGAGGAUGCUGUCACACCUUCACAGAGCAAGGCUUUGAGUUUGAUGUUGGGAUCCACUAUAUUGGGGAACUACUGGAUCACAAGCCAUUUCGCUGUGUGGUUGACCAGUUGACCAAUGGGCAGCUGCAGUGGGAGCCGCUGGAUAACCCCUUUGACAGAGUGGUCCUGGGGCCACCAGAAAACCGGCGCAUAUACCCUAUCUACAGUGGAAAAAAACGCUACAUUGAUGAACUGAAGAAGUGCUUCCCAGGGGAGGAAAAGGCCAUUGAUGAGUAUGUGAGACUUUCCAAGAAAGUUGCAAAUGGCGUAUGGUUCAUGGUUCUGCUGAAGCUCCUCCCGACUCCUCUAGCAAAGUUCCUGGUGCACACGGGCCUGGCCAAUCGCCUCUCUUCCUUCUUCCGCUAUGCAUCCCGCAGCCUGACGGAUGUGGUGAACGAGCUGACGCAGAAUAAGGACCUGAGAGCUGUGAUGUGCUACAUCUUUGGGACCUACGGUAAAAUGCCGAAAGAAGCCAGCUUUUCCAUGCACAGUUUGAUUUUGUGCCACUAUCUGAAUGGUGCCUGGUACCCAAAAGGCGGUGCGAGUGAGAUCGCCUAUCACAUGAUCCCCAUCAUUGAGAAGGCAGGAGGUGCAGUGCUUGUUAGAGCACCUGUCAACCGCAUACUCCUCAACGACGCUAAAGAGGCUAUUGGUGUGAGUGUUCUGAAGGGGCAGGAGGAGGUGCAUGUUCACGCUCCCAUGGUGAUUUCAGAUGCUGGGAUCUUCAAUACCUACGAACAUCUCCUGCCCAAAGAUGUGCAGACUAUGCCUGCGAUCCAAAAGCAGUUGAGUAUGGUGCAGCAUGGAGAUGCUGGACUCAGUGUUUUCAUUGGUGUGGAUGGGACAAAAGAGGAGUUGGGCCUAAAGGCAGACAAUUAUUUUUUCUUCCCUGAGAACAAUUUGGAUGAGCUAUUGGAGGGUUACAUGAAGGGAAGCAGGGAAGAAUCUUCCAAAAAGGUCCCUUUGAUUUUUGUGGCCUCACCCUCUGCCAAAGACCCAACUUGGCCAGAAAGAAACCCAGGUAAAUCCACUGUGACUGUUGUUAGCUUUGCUAACUAUGCGUGGUUUGAAGAGUGGCAAGAUGACAAAGUGAAGAACAGAAGCAUAGAUUAUAAGGAGCUGAAGCAGGCGUUCAUCAAUAACAUAUUAGAGGCAGUGACUGAGAUCUUUCCUAAGAUCAAGGACAGGAUUGAAUUUGUGGAUGCAGGCACCCCAAUCACGAAUCAGCAUUACAUUGGUGCUCCUAAAGGGGAGAUCUACGGUGCUGAUCAUGGUAUUCCUCGCUUCAAUGUUGAACUAAACGCCACCAUCCGACCACAGACGCCCAUUAAAAACCUCUUUCUCACCGGUCAGGAUGUAAUGUUGUGUGGCUUUGCUGGAGCACUGACAGGAGCGCUGACGUGUGGUUCUGUCAUUCUGAACCGUAAUCUUCACCUGGAUGCCGUUGGUCUCGCCAAGAGAGUCAAGAAUGGCAACAACAAGAAGAAAGAAUAAGUAUUAAUAACAUGUAAUGUUCAUAAUCAUUCGCCGAGGUAUCAGAUGUGACUUUAGAGAAGAACAGAUGGAGGAUAUGGGUGAUUAUUAACAAAAUAAACACUGAACUGCCUGACAAUAAUAUACCACUGUAUUUGUAACUAAUCAUUUUAAAAUGAUUUUAUUAGUAUAUUAUAAGUGUUUAUAAAGUGCCUUACUGGUUUAAAGCUCAACUAUGCACUAAUUCCAAAUCUA